CUGUUAAAGGAGAGAAAGGUGAUCGAGGUCCGCCUGGGACAGUUGACAUUUCAGGAGCCGGGUCAAACAUCGAUAUUUACACGUUGAGGAAUGAGUUGAAAGGUGAAGCAGGAAGUCCGGGCUUCAAGGGGGAGAAAGGAGAACCAGGCGGAGGGUAUUAUGACCCCCGUUAUGGAGGGAGCGGCGUCGGAGCCCCCGGAGCGCCUGGACCUCCUGGCCCAAAAGGCGAGUCCAUCAUCGGCCCACCAGGCCCUCAGGGGCCACCUGGUCCACCAGGAAGAGGCUACGAUGGGCAACCUGGACAACCAGGGCCGCCCGGACCUCCAGGACCGUCCCUACCUGGACCUUACAGGGGCACACAGACUAUCAAUAUACCCGGACCCCCGGGGCCACCUGGAGCACCUGGACUACCUGGACACUCAUCUGGGGUGACAGUUUUGAGGUCUUAUGACACCAUGACAGCCACGGCGAGGAGACAACCUGAGGGAUCCCUGGUUUACAUUAUAGAGCAAACUGAUCUCUACUUACGGGUCAGAGAUGGAGUUCGUCAAGUCCAG